GUGGUUUCGUUGUGAACUACACUUCCCAGAAUCCUCUGCGGCCUGAACGUCCGCUUGCUAAAGUUGUCCGACUCCAUGUUAGCAGCAACACGGAGAGUAGCGUGCUCGUUACAGCAAGCCAAAGAUUUGUUGGAAAGUGGAGAUUUAACGGGAACAUAAAGCAUGUCAGGUGAUUUAAUUCAGAGGAUAAAGCUCUUGGAAGAUGAACUGGAAAAGCUCAGGUCCCAGCUGAAGGAAAAUGCUGGAGAAGACGUGGGGAUGCAUUCCUGUUCACCCCCCAGUGAAAGCUCGGACUUCUUGAUGUCUGAUGGGAACACCGGGAGCAGCAAGAAGAAGUCAGGCAAGAAGCGUCCCUUUGACUUCAGCUCACACCCCCGGCGCCAUGUGGCUCUGAAGCUGGCUUACCUGGGCUGGGCCUACCAGGGCUUCGCUGUUCAGGAGAACACGGACAACACGGUGGAGGCCAGGCUGUUUGAAGCGCUGCUGAAGACACGACUGAUUCAGGACCGACAGAGCUCCAACUAUCACCGCUGUGGCCGAACUGAUAAAGGAGUCAGUGCUUUUUCUCAGGUUAUAACCAUUGACCUGCGCUCCUCCCAGUUUUGUGGAGGACUUGGCGUAACCCUCCCUGAAAAUCUCGAUCUCGGCACCAAAUCAAAAGCUUCUACCUCUGAGCUUCCAUACGUGAAGAUGCUGAAUAGAGUUUUGCCGCAGGACAUUCGGAUCUUGGACUGGGCAGCCGCAGAGCAAGGUUUCAGUGCGCGUUUCGACUGCCAGUCCCGCACGUACCGCUACUACUUCCCCCGAGGGUCGUUGGAUGUAGAGCUGAUGGGAAAUGCUGCAAAACGAUACGAAGGAACGCAUGACUUUCGCAACCUGUGCAAAAUGGACGUGGGGAAUGGGGUCCUGCAGUUUGAGAGGACCAUCUUGUCUGCCUCAGUCAGGCCUUUGCAGCCCCAGCAGGUUUCCAGCACAGAGCAAUAUGAUCUGUUUGUGUUUGAGAUCAAAGGUUUAGCCUUCCUUUACCACCAGGUACGUUGCAUGAUGGCGGUGCUUCUUUUGAUAGGACAGAAGCUGGAAGCUCUGGAGAUAAUCAAUCAACUGCUGGAUGUUGAGAAAAACCCCAGAAAGCCUCAAUACAGGUUUGUUCUUCUGGCUUGCAGCAUGGCAGUGGACUACCCUCUGGUUCUGUACGACUGCCACUUCGAUGGUUUAACCUGGCAGCAAGAGGCGGAGGAGGUUAGCCACGUCCUGUCGUCACUACAGCGACACUGGACGCAGAGCGCUGUCAAAGCCCAGGUUCUGCUCGGGAUGAUCUGGGGUUUGGAGGAGAGAGUUCAAAUGCUGCGGUGCCGACACUUACACCGACUGGUCCAGAAGUGUGGGCUGGGGAAACCAUGAAGCCGUGCCAGAUUCCUGCUGCCCGGAGAAGAGAGAAGGCUGUGGACAUGACAAGGAAAAAGCUCACAGAAAGGGAUGUAUCUCAGCUAUAAAGCUCUUUCUGUUGAAGAAUCUGGUGUGGGUCGGCGGUGUUUGCAUUGCUCUUGGAAUCACAGAGGUGUUUGGCGUGGUAGUCGGAGUGUGCCUCUGCCUGGACAUUAAACGCAAAAAUUAUGAGAAUGUCGACUAAUUCAUCAUCACAACCAUCUUUACACAUCAACAAACAAACUUGUUUGAUCAUAAUAUACAUUUUUGUUUUAUGUGAUUAUAUGCUCAAAAACAUUCUC